AUGAGGUUGUCUCUGUUACACAAUUGCGUUCGUCGUGCGAUCCGACAUGGAAAAAAUGAAGUAAACAAAACUCAACCAUUCUCGCUUACCACCCAUCUGAUAAGGGAAUUUUUAAUUCGAUUAGGAAAAUCAGUUGGAAUUUUGUCUGUGGCUGUCGUAUUUGUUGAUGUCAUUGGCUAUCCAGCAAGUAUUACUGGAUCAUCGAUGGAGCCAACGCUACAUGGCAUUGACAAGAAAUGGUGGAAACGGGACAUCGUCUGGUUAUCACGUUUUGGUUUAGAUAGACCAGAGAUCGGACAAAUUUACACGUUUAUACCGCCAAAUGAUCCGGAUAAACGUCACAUAAAGCGCAUCACUGCUGUGGAUGGUGACAUAAUCAGGCCAAAACGAGGACCAAGUUUUUUGGAAAUACCAAAUGGUUGCUAUUGGAUGGAAUCAGACAACCCUAACAACUACUCCGACAGUAGAUUAUAUGGUCCGGUUUCCGGAGGAUUGUUAACGGCCCGAGCUACGCAUAUCAUUUGGCCCCCGAAACGAUGGCGUACCAUUAAAACAGAAGUGUUGGAGCACAAUACUAUCCCCAUCUCAAAACGACACUCAUUUUUCGGAAUGGAUUUUCCGUGGUGA